AAAAAAACCUCUCCUCACUCUCCCGUCUUCCUCUGGCUCUGUCUCCCUGUGGUCUCUCCUCUCCGCCUCUCCCUCACCGUGUCCCGCCUCUCUCCGCCCUCUCCUUCUUCCCCUCCGCCCUCUCCUUCUUCCCCUCCGCCCUCUGCUUCCCCUCCGCCCUCUCCUUCUUCCCCUCCGCCCUCUCCUUCUUCCCCUCCGCCUCUACCUUGCCGUGUCCUCUCUCCUCUGCCUCUACCCGCCUCUCCCCGCCUCUCCUUCUCCCCGUGGUCGCUCCUCCCCGCCUCUCCCUUGCCGUGCCCUCUCUCCUCCGCCUCUCCCUCGCCGUGUAUUGUCUCUCUCCGCCUCUCCUUCUCGCCGCUGCCUCGCCGGAUCUUCUUGCCUCAGCCUUGCCAGAUCUCUCUCCUCAAGAUGUCAGGAAACGAUUAUACCCGAUAUCUGUCUGCUGGUAGUAGGAAGAGUUAUGGCAGUAAGAAGAGUUCAUCCCGUCGUAGCAAUCCGGGAAGUUCUUCUAAUUCUCAGAUGGCUGAGAGCUCCGCUGUCCCUAACAGCCAGACACAACCUUCCCCUCCAGCUCCCGCUCAAGCUUCCCUUCCUGCUCUUGCUCCUGCUCAAGCUCCUCCAGCUCCCGCUCCCUCUCAAGCUCCUCCAGCUCCCGCUCCCUCUCAAGCUCCUCCAGCUCCCGCUCCUGCUCAAGCUCCUCCACCUCCAGCUCCCGAUGCUGCCGCAAUGACGUUGGAUGAUUUAGCGGCAAUCAAUAUGAUUCUGGCUAGUCCUGGACAUCAUCUUCUUCCUCACCUGCAUCCAAAUCGCCCUCCAAAUACGGUUUGGUUUGAUGAAGAUGGGAGCGUUGCUGCAUCGGUUCGUCAAAUCUUUGAAAGAGAUUUCAAAGAACCGCAUGCUAGUUGGAAGCAAACCCCUGGGAAUGUCGUGAGACGUUGGUUUGAAUCCUUUGCGCAAAUGUAUCAUUGGGAUUCUGGUUUCACUAGCCUGGUUCGCGAUUCUUUCGAGGCCAAAUUGAAAGUCCAAAUGAAUCGCCAAAUUUGUCGGUGGAAGACAGUGUGGCGGGUAAAAGGUGAUGCAGCUAUGCCUGUUUGGUUUGACCCAAAUGUUUGGGCUGGUCUCGUCACUUAUUGGCUAGAUCCAGGCACUGAAGUCCGGAGUUGCAAUAGUCGGGCAGCCCGUUACUCUGACCCUGAUGGACAUGGGCCGUCUAAGCAUCGUUCAGGUCAGACUUCUUUCAAGGCCCGUGCGCGAAUUAUUGCUGAAGAAACAGGAGAGUCUAUUCCUGAUUUGCUUGGGGUUCUCGAGAUCACUAAACGAAAGCCGGAUGGGUCUUUCGUUGACGGCAAAUCUGAGCAGCUCUACAAUGAUGUGACAUCUAAAUUUCAGGAGUUAUCUCAGGCAGCUAGUGAUGAUCCCGAGAGCACCGGUUCUGUUGGUCUCACUCCAGCAGAAAAGAACAAGAUUUAUUGUGAGCUUGCUCCCCGCAAAAAGGGACGAAUUUAUGGAGUGGGCUCUCUAAAUCAAUCUGUAGGAUCCGUUUCUGCAUCUUUUCCUUCUUCUAGCAGUUCUGAGGACCAGUCUUUGAAGAAGAUCAUCAAGGAACAAGCUCUUGUGAUUCAGAGCCAGGGAAAUGAAAUCGGGAGGCUGAGUGCUGCUGUUCGUUAUCUAGCUACCAAAGAUUCUACCUUGGCGAACAUUCUUCAGUCCGAAGAUGUGCCUUCUUCCCACAACUCCGAGGGCAUGUCUCAUGACUCUAGAGAUGAUGAAUCUGAUGGUAUUUAGUUUGUUGCUAUCUUUGUUAUGAAUGUUAAAACUUUGUGUGUUUGUAUUUCUUUGUAUCGAAUCUUGAAUUUUUUCUAUUUCAGUAAUAUUUUCGAUAAUCUAAUAAUUUUUUUUAUAA